CGCGCUGGGCGCGGGUUCAAGAGGCGCGCGGGGCGGCGCGCGAGCGGCAGAGCAGCAGCGCAGCGCGCGGGGCAGAGCGGCGCGCGCCCUCCGUCUGUCCGUCCCCUCAGCCCGCAGACAUGGCCAGCGGAGGGCUGCAGCUCCUGGGCUUCGUCAUGGCCUUCCUCGGCUGGAUCGGCAUCAUCAUCAGCACCGCCAUGCCCCAGUGGAAGAUGGCAUCCUACGCGGGGGACAACAUCGUCACGGCCCAGGCGCUCUACGAGGGGCUGUGGAUGUCGUGCGCCAUGCAGAGCACGGGGCAGAUCCAGUGCAAGGUGUACGAUUCGCUGCUCAAGCUGGAAGGCAGUCUGCAGGCCACAAGGGCUUUGAUGGUGGCUUCAAUACUCCUGGGGCUUGUUGGAAUGUUUGUUGCUGUAACAGGCAUGAAAUGCAUGAAGUGCAUGGAAGAUGACCAGGUGAAGAAAAUGAGGAUGGCUGUCUUCGGUGGGGUGAUCUUCAUCAUUUCAGGUCUGGCAGCACUGGUGGCCACCUCGUGGUAUGGCAACAGAGUGGCUCGGGCCUUUUAUGAUCCUUUCACCCCUGUCAACACCAGAUUUGAGUUUGGAUCAGCUCUCUUUAUUGGCUGGGCAGCUUCAUCUCUGGCCAUACUGGGGGGAUCCUUCCUCUGCUGCUCCUGUCCACGGAGAGAAACUUCAUAUCCCCCCACCCGAGGCUACCCAAAAAAUGCCUCCUCCACAGGGAAGGAUUAUGUAUAAGGAAACAAAGAAGAGGAGCCACCAGCACUGGUAGUGAAAGCAUUUUGGAGAGGACACUACAAUGCCACUGUCCUGAGCAGAGUCCAGGCUCUAGGUUCUGCCUUCCUCUUCUCCCAAAAAUGUGUAUAUUUUUGUAAUCCUCUUUGCUACUGGACGUAACUUCUCCUUUCUCUCCCAGCCCGUGGAGGAAGGCUAGCCUAGAUUCAUAGGUAUUGCCACUGGAAAGAUAAAACCUCCAAGCCUGGGUUAAGUUUAGCAUUUGGGAGUAAAAGGGAAAAUGAUACUGUUUUUAUAGACGGAUGUUGGUGCUUUUUUUAGUUGGUUGUUUUUUUUUUUUAAUAGAUGGUAACAAUUCAGUCCCAUAUCCCAUUAAGUUAGAGCCCAGUGUGGUGUGUGUAGAAAUUAAAGGAACAUAUAUUAUAUACAGAAUGAUGAAACCAAUAGCUUAAGGGGAAACAUAAUUUUGGGGAAAAGGCUUUACAUGUAAGAAUGUUUGGAGAUGUAAAAUGCUCUUGUACUGUCUUAUUGGCAUCAUCUUCAGCACCCUCCUUUCCAUGCAGACAAAGGGUCAGAAACAAAUUGCUGUGGCUUAAGUGGAAAUCCACGCUGUCCGUGCACAUGCUGUUGGCUAAUGGAAGAUGCAGUGUAAGGUAGAGACCACAGAAGUUACCAGACUCCCAAAGCAUCUGCAGGUUUCCCUGGUGCCAGGGAAGAGCUCAAGGAAAAGGAUUGCCUUCUGUUUUCACUGUGUGUCUAUGGUGAGGCUGUGGCUGUUCCUUAGACACCGAGUGCUGCCAGUGGUUGUUUCUCCAUGUUCCCACCCUGGCAGCUGAGCUUCAGCUUUGUCCCUGUGUCUGUUACAGGUCACCUUUUACACUCUCCUCUUUCCUCAAGGCUUUCUCAUUUGGGCUUAGUUUCCCAAUCUCUGUUUGCCUGAUGCAGCUAGCUGUGUUAAACCAAACUUAAUGCACUGCCACUCCCUGAUGUUUCCCCAAGGAUACCUCACACACUGCCAUUCCAUCCUGUCUAUUUCUUGUAAACACUUCCAGUGAUGAUAUGAAGGCAAAUUCCAAGAAAACUGACCCAAAGGUUAUGGCAUUUGCUUGUAAUCCAAGUUCACCAAAGAGGAAGAAACAAACAUUUUAAAGGUAUAGCCAUCCUUGCAUAUUAAA